AUGUCCCCAUUCUAUACUUGCCAACACCUGUUACGACAAUCAAACUACUGCCUCCUGAUACUGCCCCUUUUCGUUAUCGUGCCUUUUGUUCACAACAAUCCUGACGACGUCAGCGUGGGAGUCUCUAAACAAGACACCGUCGAUCAUGCGCGUCCAACGAAGGCAUACCGGGUAUUCUGGCCGCUAUCCAUUAGGGUCAACAUUCCAAACCUCGAUCUCGUCGUGUACGACAAGAAUCCAGAGGUUGGAGGGACUGGGAGCCAUAUUCCCGCGCAUGUGUACCAAGCGACCUUCGAGUCGAACCCCAACUGGUCCGAAUUCUACGCUUCAAGCAAAGAAAUUCUGCAGUAUUGGAAGGAUAUUGUCGCAAAAUAUGGGGUCCGGAAAUAUAUGAAACGGAACCACAAAGUCGUUGAAGCUCGUUUCAAUGACGCCAAGGCAAAGUGGCAUGUUCAGAUUGAGAACUGUCCGACUGGGGGCUUGAUCAACGAUACCUGCGACGUUCUCUACGGCUGUAUCGGCGCCCUGAAUGAUUGGAAAUGGCCUGACAUUCCUGGACUGUUUGACCUUAAAGGAAAGCUCGUCCACAACGUCGGCGGCCUCUCUGUGGCGGUGAUCGGCGCCGGCUCCAGUGCCAUCCAGAUUGUGCCUGCUAUCCAGCCCAAGGUCAAGCACCUGGACAACUACGUCCGUGGACAGACCUGGAUUGCGCCCCCGGUGGCCGAGGCCGAAGUGCGGAAGCAUACACCCACGGGAUCCAACUUUCAAUACUCGCCGGAAGAGCUCGAGGAGUUCAACAAGAAUCCCGAUCGCUUACGAGAGUAUCGAAAGCGGCUGGAUGGCGAGGUUCAACUGAUGACCCAGUUUCUUCUUCGGGGAGAGCUCUCGAACCAAGCGACUGCCACAUUCACCCAAAGCAUGAGAAAGAAGCUGGCGAAGCGGCCUGAUAUCUUUGAGAAAAUCCUUCCGUCCUUUGCCCCCGGCUGCAGGCGUAUCACCCCCGGACCGGGCUACCUGGAGGCUUUGACCGAAAACAACGUGUCCUUCGUUACGGAUCCCAUCUCAAGAGUCACCGAAGACGGGAUUCUCACCGCGGAUGGGAAGCUCCGCAAGGUCGACGCUGUUAUCUGUGCCACGGGCUUCGACACGUCCUUCUCUCCACGAUUCCCGAUCUACGGCAGUGGCAACCUGAAUCUCGGCGCCAAGUGGAAAGAGCAUCCAGAGACGUACCUCAGCCUGAGCACUCAUGGCGUUCCCAAUUACUUUGUGGCUCAUGGACCCAACUCCGGAGUCGGCACCGGUUCCCUCGUCAUCGUGCUCGAACGCACCUGCGAUUACGUCGCCGCUAUCAUCGCCAAGCUUCAAAGAGAUCGCAUCGCGACGAUCCAGCCCAAGCCAGAUGCCUGUAUGGCAUUCAGAGGGUACUGCGAAAGGUUCUUCCGGAAAACGGUGUUUUCCAUGUCGUGUCGAUCCUGGUACAAGAGAGGCACCGAGGAUGGCCCCGUCACUGCGCUGUGGCCUGGAUCGUGCCUUCAUUUUGCCAAAGUCUUGGAAAACCCGCGAUUUGAGGAUUACGAAUACACCUAUCUCGACGGACGGGAUAUGGCUUGGAUGGGCAACGGAUUCACCACGCCGGAGUUGGACGCGUCUGUUCCAGCAUCGGCCUACCUUGACCCCGAACACAGUGACUAUCCUUCAGUCCCAGCUCAGUCCAACUGA